GCGGCUAGAGCCCUGGAAGCUGGAGAGAGAGGGAAACCAACGCCGGCGCUGACAUGGGCAGCCUGCCUCGGCGCCGCGCGGAGCCCACUCGGCGGAGAAAGCAGUGCUGCGCGCCAGGCGCUCGCGUCUCUGGGGACCCAGACAGCGGAGAGUCGAGCACGGCUUGUCCAGGAAAGGGGAAAAACGUCUCAAGCGGCACUCUCCAAUACAAGUGUUGUGCCAGUCCCGUGGUUAACUGACAUUGUUACUAGCUGCAUUUUAAAAAGCUCUCUGAGCUCCUCCUCAUCGCCCCCUCCACCCGCCAGACUUCAGCUCUGACUCCAGACCUGCCUGCUGCCUUGGGAGGCCCUGCCUCCCUUCCCCCUGGGCAAGAUGCCCAUCCUCAAGCAGCUGGUGUCCAGCUCCAUGCACUCCAAGCGCCGCUCCCGUGUGGACCUCACGGCCGAGAUGAUCAGCGCCCCGCUGGGCGACUUCCGCCACACCAUGCACGUGGGCCGGGCGGGGGACGCCUUUGGAGACACCUCGUUCCUCAACAACAAGGCUGGUGAGCCGGACGGUGAGUCCCUGGAUGAACAGGCAUCCUCCUCUUCGUCCAAACGCAGCCUCCUGUCCCGGAAGUUUCGGGGCAGCAAGCGGUCACAGUCGGUGACCAGGGGGGACCGGGAGCAGAGGGACAUGCUAGGCUCGCUGCGGGACUCGGCCCUGUUUGUCAAGAACGCCAUGUCCCUGCCCCAGCUGAACGAGAAGGAGGCUGCCGAAAAGGGCUCCAGCAAGCUGCCCAAGAGCCUGUCGUCCAGCCCUGUGAAGAAGGGGAAUGGCGGGGAGGGGGACCAGGAGGCGGCUUGUGUGGAGGGGGUGCCUCGGCGAAACGGAGCCACUGGCCCUCACUCCCCCGACCUCCUUCUGGAGGAAAAGGCCUUCGGGGACCUGACGGACCUGCCCGUCGUGCCCAAGGCCGGCUUCGGGCUGAAGCAUGCAGAGUCCAUCAUGUCCUUCCACAUUGACCUGGGGCCCUCCAUGCUGGGCGACGUCCUGAGCAUCAUGGACAAGGAGGAGUGGGAACCAGAGGAGGAGGGUGGCGGUUACCACAGUGACGAUGACCUGGGCAGUCUUCUCAAGGCUCCCGCUUCUGUGUCGGGGGUCCCUCUCCGAGCCAGGCAGGAAGGCAGAGCUGGCCGGGACUCACCCCCGCUGUCCCAGGCUCCGCAGGACGAGGGGUGGGCAGCAGCGGCCCCCAGCCCGGGCUCAGCCCGCAGCGUGGGCAGCCACACCACACGGGACAGCAGCUCCCUGUCCAGCUGCACCUCCAGCGUCCUGGAAGAGCGCAGCCCUGCUUUCCGGGGGCCAGACAGGGCCCGGGCCACCCUGUCCAGGCAGCCCGACAAGGAGUUCUCCUUCAUGGAUGAGGAGGAGGAGGACGAGAUCAGAGUGUGAGACCGGAGGAGGUGGGGUUCCACGUUCUUGGCUUCAUCUCCCUGCCCCCAGCCCACCACCACCUUCCCCUCCCUAUUCAGGGGCAGCCAAGAGCCUGGCUUCUGCCACAGACCCUGGACUUCAUGGAUGAGGGGCGUUGGCCUCGCCUGGGGGCCCGUGGAGGACUUGAGGAACGUGCCUGGGUGCCGCCUGGGUGCCUGACUUUGUGGCACACCCUGGCCUCCCUGGGCUCUGUAGGACGGUGCUGUGUUCUUGCAGCAGGGAUCAGUUUCCUUUUCUCCACUUGGGCCUCAAACAGAUGGCGGAGUCAACCUGAGUUCCCGCCCCGCCCCCACAACAAUGCAGGUCAGCUCCGGGGCGGUCUUGGCGCCAGGGCUGGGGACGCUGGCUCUCCUCUUCUCUCCUGGAGUUUCUGCUGUGACCUGGCAGCGACUUCCCGGGUAAAUGUGUGUCACGGGUGGAACGGGGUGGACACGUGCCCCGGCCCCUCCCUCCCCUGCCUGAUCCGUGCACCGGAAGCCUGGAGCCCCUUGGACUAAAGCCGGAGCGAACAUGAACACUAAACGCAGCCCCUUCCAGGGGAAAAGAACGGGGUGGGGAGUGGGAGGGAGGCCCCUGCAGGAUGAUGACACGGGACCGGGCAUAGGCGGCGCUCAGCCCCAGGGGGUUCGUUUGUUCUUCCUUGUCAUGUGUACGUCUUUCUAGAACAGUAUCAGGAACAGGGUUAGCAGGCUUGCCACCAGAGGCAACAUCUGGGAGACACCUUAUACUCAGUGCUUCCCAGCUUUCAUUCAGAAUUGCAUGGAGUGGGCGUCUGCGGGUGUGGUCCCCCGCCCCCCAUCCCCCAAAGCUGUUAACCGCUGACGGCAUCCAGUAUAGAGUAUUUCUGGAAAAUGACUUUUUUAAAGUAAUAUAUCUUUCCUGUGGGGGAUAAAAGCUUUUUUUGUUUUUUGGACUGAGUUAUUACCCCCCUGCCUGCGCCCCCCCCACCCCCUCACUACUUCUCCUUCCUUUCCCAGGCCUCCCUGCCAGCUCGGCCCACUCCCCGACUUCUGAGGCGAGGGCGGGAGGGUCUAGGGACAUGGCUGCCAGAUUUAGCAACAAAACAAACCGGAAGGUUGAGUUAAUGAGAAUUUCAGGUAUACAAAGGGUAAUUUUUCAGCAUAAGUGUGCCCUUUUGCCCUAUGUGGACGAUAACUGACAUUAAAAAAUUAUUUGUUGUUCUUUUG